CUGUUCCUGUGUGUGUUUGUCAUCGUCAAAUUGUCGAGCCGUUUAAAGGCACGUAAUUUUUGUGUUUUUCUUUGAUCAAGCUUGCUGACAUCAUAUAAUGCCAUCUAUUCACCAGUGUUCGUUUGUAAUUCUAGUGUAGAGAAUACAUAGUCAAACAAGAUGCGCGUCACCUCGUCCCUGCUUGGAGCCCACUUUGGCAACUUGGCCAAGGUACAUGGCAUUGUCACCUAUAAAUUGUCGCCAUUUGAACAGCGUGCGUUUGCUGGCGCGAUAAGCAAAGGUUUGCCCAACAUUUUCAGACGCAUCCGUUCCAAUAUUUUUAUUGUGACACCGCCUUUCAUUGUUGGAUACUUGAUCUAUGACCUGACGGAACGUGAACACCACCACUUGUCUCGCAAGAAUCCCAAGGAAUUCGAGAAUGAUGAAUAAACGGUUGUUUAAAUAAAACCACACACCACAAAAAUUUUUAAAUUAAAUACA